AUGGACAUCGAUUACCUCAUACGCAUCUCCGAGUAUCAGCCAGGCAAAUUCUUGGAUGAGUAUCAAGAGCUCUUGGCGUGCCUUCGUCAUUGUCCUGUCCACAUCACCACCAUUCACUAUGCCUUCUGCCGUGCAGGAAUCAAUGUGAAACGCAUUCAGCGAAUGGCUAUGGAGAGGGACCCCGUGUUGGAGGGACAUUUCAUUGCACGCAUUGCUGAGUAUCCAGCCCAUUAUCUGGUGGCUGUCGAUGAGAUGUCAAAGGAUGACAGGACAUACGCCAGACUUGGUGGCCGUGCCCCAAUUGGGCAGCGGGCAGAGAUGUACCAACCAUUUGUGCGGAAACAGCGCUAUACAGUGAUAGGUGCAAUGGCUUUAGAUGAGGGCAUGAUCGCUGCACGGGUGCUCGAGGGUUCUUCGGACCACCAAACUUUCUACGACUUCCUUGAGAAUGACCUGAUGCGUGGUGAUACAUUUAUUAGUGUCAUGCUCAUUCUUUCUUGA